UCAGCUUCUCAAGUAGCGGGGACUACAGAUUUUCUUCAUGGAUAUUUUUCAUAGCAUUAUUAUGUGAUGUGAGAAGUUUUUUUGUUUUUUUUUUUUUUGAAGUAACAUGGAUUUUAUACUACAGAAUCAAGAGAAUUGGCUUUGUAGGAAAAAUUGAUUUAUAAAAGUGGUACAGGCUUUUAUAGAUAACCAUGACAACAUCCCAUAUGAAUGGGCAUGUUACAGAGGAAUCAGACAGCGAAGUAAAAAAUGUUGAUCUUGCAUCACCAGAGGAAUAUCAGAAGCACCGAGAGAUGGCUGUUGACUGCCCUGGAGAUUUGGGCACCAGGAUGAUGCCAGUACGUCGAAGUGCACAGUUGGAGCGUAUUCGGCAACAACAGGAGGACAUGAGACGUAGGCGAGAGGAAGAAGGGAAAAAGCAAGAACUUGACCUUAAUUCUUCUAUGAGACUUAAGAAACUGGCCCAAAUUCCUCCAAAGACUGGAAUAGAUAACCCUAUAUUUGAUACAGAGGAAGGAAUUGUCUUAGAAAGUCCUCAUUAUGCUGUGAAAAUAUUAGAAGUAGAAGAUUUAUUUUCUUCACUUAAACAUAUCCAACAUACUUUGGUAGAUUCUCAGAGCCAGGAGGAUAUUUCAUUGCUUUUACAACUGGUUCAAAAUAAAGAUUUCCAAAAUGCAUUUAAGAUACACAACGCUGUCACAGUACACAUGAACAAGGCCAGUCCUCCAUUUCCUCUUAUCUCCAAUGCACAAGAUCUUGCACAAGAGGUACAAACUGUUUUGAAGCCAAUCCAUCAAAAGGAAGGACAAGAAUUAGCUGCUUUGCUGAAUGCUCCACACAUUCAGGCACUUUUACUGGCCCAUGAUAAGGUUGCUGAGCAGGAAAUGCAGCUAGAGCCCAUUACAGAGGAGAGAGUUUAUGAAAGCAUUGGCCAGUAUGGAGGAGAAACUGUAAAAAUAGUUCGUAUAGAAAAGGCUCGUGAUAUUCCAUUGGGUGCUACAGUUCGUAAUGAAAUGGAUUCUGUCAUCAUUAGCCGGAUAGUAAAAGGAGGUGCUGCAGAGAAGAGUGGUCUGUUACAUGAAGGAGAUGAAGUUCUGGAGAUUAAUGGCAUUGAAAUUCGAGGAAAAGAUGUCAAUGAGGUUUUUGACUUGUUGUCUGAUAUGCACGGGACUUUGACGUUUGUUCUGAUUCCCAGUCAACAGAUUAAGCCUCCUCCUGCCAAGGAAACAGUAAUCCAUGUAAAAGCUCAUUUUGACUAUGACCCCUCAGAUGACCCUUAUGUUCCAUGUCGAGAGUUAGGUCUGUCUUUUCAAAAAGGGGAUAUACUUCAUGUGAUCAGUCAAGAAGAUCCAAACUGGUGGCAGGCCUACAGAGAAGGGGACGAAGAUAAUCAGCCUCUAGCUGGGCUUGUUCCAGGGAAAAGCUUUCAGCAGCAAAGGGAAGCCAUGAAGCAAACCAUAGAAGAAGAUAAGGAGCCAGAAAAAUCAGGGAAACUAUGGUGUGCAAAGAAGAAUAAAAAGAAGAGAAAAAAGAUUUUAUAUAAUGCCAAUAAAAAUGAUGAUUAUGACAAUGAGGAGAUCUUAACCUACGAGGAAAUGUCACUUUAUCAUCAGCCAGCAAAUAGGAAAAGACCUAUUAUCUUGAUUGGUCCACAGAACUGUGGCCAGAAUGAAUUGCGUCAGAGGCUCAUGAACAAAGAAAAAGACCGCUUUGCAUCUGCAGUCCCUCAUACAACUCGGAGUAGGAGAGACCAUGAAGUAGCUGGUAGAGAUUACCACUUUGUUUCACGGCAAGCAUUUGAAGCAGACAUAGCAGCUGGAAAGUUCAUUGAGCAUGGUGAAUUUGAGAAAAAUUUGUAUGGAACCAGCAUAGAUUCUGUACGGCAAGUGAUCAACUCUGGCAAAAUAUGUCUCUUAAGUCUUCGUACACAGUCAUUGAAGACCCUCCGGAAUUCAGAUUUGAAACCAUAUAUUAUCUUCAUUGCACCUCCGUCACAAGAAAGACUUCGGGCAUUAUUAGCAAAAGAAGGAAAGAAUCCAAAGCCUGAAGAGUUGAGAGAAAUCAUUGAGAAGACUAGAGAGAUGGAGCAGAACAAUGGCCACUACUUUGACACUGCGAUUGUGAAUUCAGAUCUUGAUAAAGCCUAUCAGGAAUUGCUUAGGCUAAUUAACAAACUUGAUACUGAACCUCAGUGGGUGCCGUCCACUUGGCUGAGGUAAAAGAAACAUCCAUUUUGUAACAUGUUGGACUUGGUCUGGCAAACUGCCAAUAGGAAGAUAGCCCUGACGCUUCAGCAAGAUUGAGAGUAAGGUGGAAGGCAGCAGUAUAAGCUGUAGACCUGUUGUUAGCUCUCCUGAACUAGUGAGAAGAAGGUCCCUUUAGGCAAUUUGUGCCUAGCAUUCUUUAUUCUCUAUACAUGGUUUUAGGGGUUCUUGCCUCAUUUGGGGAUUCUAAAUGGAAGCUUUCAACAAAGUAAUUCCAUGUUAUCCUGUUAAAACCUUUUGUUUUCACUUAACUAAAUCUUUUCUGCUUAGUCAUAUUUCCAUGAAAAACUUGUAUGUACACAGAGACCAUGUCCUACGUAGUUAUAUUGAUGUUAUUUAACACUUAAAUGACUUCAUGGGAAUAUUUGGGGGCGAGGGGAUGCUGUGCUUCUAUGCACUGGGCAAGACAGUAUUUGCUUAGGAGACUAGUUUAGUCAUCAGAAAUACUUUCCCCUAAAAAAGAAAAAACAAAAUGGUGCCACUUUGGAACUACUCUGUUAGGCUUGAAUUCAUUUGUAUGUCUGAAUUCUAAAGAAAGAAAAAAAAAACCAACAUUCCAUUAGAGGCACCAGUUUUUAUGCUCACUUUGUGGAUCACAUUGCACAUUUGGCUGACUAAUCUAGUUACAAGUAUACAAAAUAUGCUUAUCUUUUUAAAGAUAAUGAUCUUGAGUAUUUUUCUCAAAUUGUCACAGCCAAUUUGCUAGCGUUGCUUCCUUUCUCUGAUCUGCAUAGUACAAUAGAAUGUAUAAGUUACAUUUUUAUGAAUGACAGAUGUUCAUAUAAACUGUGUUGACUGUUAACUUUCUUCCUCGUGAUGCAAAGUUUUUUAUAUACAUGGGAGGACAUCAGCACAUUUGACAGUUUUUACAUUGUUAUAUAUGAGCACAAUAUAAUUCUGUGUGCUAUAUAUGUAGAUAUUUAACUGGAUUCUGUUGAUGAAUAUAGCUGCUGUACUGUAUACUAAUGUUUAAUUGACAUACGGUCAUUGAUAACACUUGUUCAGCAUUGGAAUAAAAGUAUGUAUAUCCUAGGGAAACAUUAUGACAGUUGACUUUGAGAUCAGAAGGAAAGGAAGACCUGAAAGUCAUUUGAACAUUUUAGGAAAAGAAAAUUGCAGGGGGUAAGUUAUCAAGCAUACAGAAAUAGGUUUUUGUCUACAGCCAUACCACCCUAAACGAACCCAAUCUCAUCUGAUGUCAGAAGCUAAGCAGGGUCAGGCCUGGUUAGUACUUGGAUGGGAGAAAUAGGUUUUUAUCCUAACAAGGUCUUAUGACCAGAAUGCAACAGCUUGCUAAAUCAUAAAAGAAAUGUUUAAGCUAAUGGGAUUUUUGUACUGUCUCUAUAGCUGUAGCUUUAAAAUUCAGUGUCCAUAAUUGGCAUGGAAAGUUAUUUUGUAGUCUUUUCAAGCCUUUAAAGAUAGUGUGAUGUGUGACAAGAAGCCUCAAAUGUGAAUGCCUUGAUUUUAUUUUUAUGGUGACUUUAGCUACAGCAUUUCCUAUUCCCAAAGCUAAACACUGGAAUAAUAAUACUGACUUGUCAUUUAAUUUAACAUAAGCAACUGUUUUUAAUGAGUAGUUUGUCUCGGUGUCGUGUAUAUAUUUGAUUUUUUUUUCUCUUCUACAUAAUUUUAUUUGAACAAAUGUAGACAGUUUCUAUGUUGCCUUUCUCUGUUCAAAUUUGCAUGGCCUAUUGAGUUGGUUGGGGAGUAUCUUAUUUGGAAAUAUUUUCAAGAUAAUGUUCCUUAGGAGGAAAGUAAUGUUCCUGGGUUGAGGGCAGAAAUGCCAUACAUACUGUCUCUUCGGGUCUGAAACACUCCAGCUUAUAGCAGGAAAAUGCAAAAAAGUCACACUGAUUUUCAGCAUUGAAAACUAGGAAUAAUACUUAGCACUUAAUCUUUUCAGUUUUCCAGUUUACUUUCUUCUCAGGAAUGAAAGGUAGUCAGUGGUUGACAGUGGAGUUUUGUGAUCUGCUUAUUGUAACUGACAACUGUUUUCAACCCUAAGAUCUAAAAUAUUGACAGUUCAUGUGAAGUUAGAGUGAGGUUUUAGGUAGGCAGUGAGUGGAUGUUGUGCCACUACAGACAGCAGGCCUAUACUAGGGACAUGCGCAGUCAAUACUCAGACACAUGGCUUUAACAAGCAGAUCCUGUACCAAGGCACAUACCAUGCCAUACUUUUAGGAAGUCCAAGGUGACAGAUAUUUUCAGGAUCAGUGAAUAUAAUAUAAUUCUUUCCUCCAUGAGCAACGUUGGAGAGAAAGAAAUGUUUAUGUCCCAGACUUUUCUAAAUCCUUGUGAUAAAGAUGUGCUGAUACUCAGUCCCUAAACAAAGUAUAAACUGAAUUGUUGCUGACUUCCUCAGUAAAAUAUGGAAAAAAGCCUUGCUAUACGUUGUACAGCCACUCUGGCGAAUUUCAUUCCUUGUCCUCUGUGGUUCUGAUUGGAGACCUCAGUGUGGAGGAGGUCUUAACCACUUAUUAUAGAAAUGAUACCAAUAGCUAAUGAAAUGUACUUGGAAAAUCCAAAUAAAGAAGUAUCUUUAUUUCCUGCAUUUUUAUGUCAGAACAAAUGGAGAGAGAAUAGUAUUUAGACUAAUCCAGAUUUGCUUUCUAUGAAAAUCUAAUGUCUGGAUUAUUUUCCUUUUCUCAUGCCUAAGGAAUAAGUAUUGAUAAGGAAUGAUUUGAAUGUAAUCUUGUGAAUGUGUGGAAAAUAUAAACCAGGGAUUUAGCCUUAAUAAAGGUAAUCUUCUGACAUCUAUUGUUAAUCCCCCUUUGUACUCAUAUCCUGUAUCUGCACUCUGUUAUUUUGAGAUGUCAUACUGCACACUGUAUUGUGAAAAUAAAAAGUAGAAUUAUAUUUCAAAUAAA